AUGUCUUCUUCUUCUACUUGCUUGCCUCAACAAGCUCUGAAAGUAGGCAAAGUGGGUUUCGGCACAUUUGGGCAGUUCCUGGCCAAGACAAUGAUCAAACAAGGCCAUACUCUGAGGGCUACUUCUCAAACUGGUUAUUCCCACAUCUGCCAUCAAUUGGGUAUUUCCUUCUUCAGGGACGUAAUUGCAUUUCUUGAAGCAGAUAAUGAUGUGAUGCUGAUAGCCACGUCAAUUCUGUCGCUAUCGGAAGUGCUCCGGUCAAUGCCUUUACAUUCCUUUAAACGCCGGACACUGUUCGACGAUGUGCUUUCGGUCAAAGAGCACCCCAGAAACGUUCUAUUGCAAGUUUUGCCGGAGGAGAUGGAUGUUCUCUGCACUCCUCCAAUGUUUGGACCUGAAAGUUGCAAAAAUGGGUGGAAAGAUCUUCCUUUUGUUUUCGAGAAAGUUCGGGUGAGGGAUGAACCCAGAUGCUCAAACUUCUUACAAAGCUUUGAAUCUGAGGGUUGCAGAAUGGUGGAAAUGUCUUGUGAAGAACAUGACAAACUGGUUGCUAGAAAUCAGUUUCUUACCCAUACUGUAGGCAGGAUUUUGUUAGAAAUGGGAAUCGAGUCGACAUCUAUAAACACGAAAAGCUUUGAAACACUAGUUAAAUUGGUAAGUUCACAAUGAGUUGUCUCAAAGUAUUGCAAUUUAUCUUUCUUUGAAAGAGAAUUGGGAACAUGAAUAGCUAAAGGGAUGAAGUAACAUGAUAUUGUAGGCAGAAAGAGAGCAUGACCACUGCUAGUUUCAAUCUGCU